AUGUACACGACCCAGCACUCUCGUUGUCUCAACAUGGCAAUGCUGAUGGUGUUUGUCGUGUGCAUCUUUCUCCUCGUCGGUGACGUGACGCGUGCGGCUCUCACCAGUGCACAAAACACCUCCACGCUUGCGUUUCUGCAGUCCUUUACGGUCUCGAUGCCUGAUCUGGCAGAUGUGUGGACUGGGGAUGAGUGGUGCACGUGGCCGUACAUCAGCUGCAACUCUGACACGAGCACCACACUCGCCAUCGACAGCGCUGGGUUUACUGGCAGCCUUCCAGAGCUGCAAGCGACGGUCAAUGGCGCCAAUGUCGCUCUCACCGAGAUUGCAGUGACUAACAUGAACAUCACAGGCGGCUUCAAGGACACCUGGGGGGGCCUCACGCGGGUGCGGGUGCUCAACUUCACGAACACCAACCUGUUUGGCACCAUUCCCAUGCGCUGGAACGCGAUGCGCUCCCUGGAGACGGUCAUCCUGAAGAACUGCAGCGCGUGCGGCAGCCUGCCGCACUGGACGCUGCGGGGGCUGAAGAAUAUUGACGUGUCUCAAAACGUGCUGCGCGGUCCACUGCCGAAUACGUGGGGCAACAUCGCCGGCCUUCAGACCAUUAGCCUCGUGGACAACCACUUCUGCGGUUGCAAACCGCCGUCUUGGGUGUCCCGAGCGCUCACCAAUGCGCUCUUCCAGGCAAUGGGCUCAGGGCCCUUCAACGUCAACUGCAGGUCUCCCACCAACUGUGCCUCCGAAGGCGCCAGGUGCUCCCUCGCCCCGCCGCAGUACCACGAUGCCGCCGCCCCCCCACCAUUUAUGCUGUUGCCCGUGUUGACUCUGAUCCUGGCGCUGAUGGCCAUCUAUGCCGUCUAG